UGUGUGUGUGAGAUCUACAGAGAAACUCACAAUCAGAAUUAAGUAUCUCAUUUAUGCACUCAACCACCUCUAUUUAUCCACCGCAUUCCCGUUUGAAAAAGCACACACACUAAUCUAUAUAGUGACAUAGUUCCACUUCCCAUUCCAAUUAUUCUCUCAUUCUAUAAUUAGUAACCAUGCACAACGGGAAAACAUCACCCUUGUUGGCUCUCAUAUCUUUUGUUCUACUCUUUUCACUCACCAAUUCCUCAAAUUUACCAACUACACCCCCCCAAACAAAAACACACCUCCAAGUAGCCCAUUCAACAUGCCAAGGAACACUCUACCCAAACCUUUGUGUCUCAACCUUAUCCACUUUCCAAGAUCUUGCCUCAAAAUCAGUCCCACAAAUUAUUUGUUCCACCCUCAACUCUACCAUAAACGAAGUUAAAUCAUCAUCUUUCAAUUGCACUAGACUAAAAAAACGUCCAAGUCUUCAUCCAUAUGACCAAAGAGCCCUUGAUGAUUGUCUCAAUUUAUUCGACAACACAAUUGAAGAACUCAAAUCCACCAUUAACGAUCUCUCUCAAACAAAAAUAACUUCAAAGCCUUAUCAUAAUUGUCAAACUCUACUAAGUGGUGCAAUGACCAAUGUUUACACGUGUUUGGAUGGAUUUGCUUAUAGUAAAACGAAUUUGAGACACAAAAUUGAGAAAAAGUUGUAUAAAAUUUCAAAUCAUGUUAGUAACUCACUUGCUUUGUUGAUGAAAGUUCCUGGAGUGAAGAAUAAAAGUUCGGAGUCAGAGGCUUUCCCUGAAUAUGGUGAGGUGAAUGGCGGGUUUCCUUCAUGGAUAACCCGUAAAGAUAGGAAGCUACUUCAAGCUGCGGUUAGUGAGACUCAUUUCAAUCUUGUGGUUGCUAAAGAUGGUACCGGCAACUUUUCUACUAUAGGAGAAGCAUUGGCUGCAGCUCCAAACUCAAGCACAACAAGGUUUGUGAUACACAUAAAAGAGGGGGCCUACUUUGAGAAUGUGGAAGUGAUAAAGAAGAAAAUUAAUUUGAUGUUAGUUGGAGAUGGGAUUGGAAAGACUGUUGUGAAGGCCAGUAGAAAUGUUAUAGAUGGGUGGACCACUUUUCAAUCAGCUACUUUUGCUGUAGUGGGAAGCAAUUUCAUAGCAAAGGGCAUAACCUUUGAGAACUCAGCCGGGCCAAGCAAACACCAAGCAGUGGCAGUAAGGAGUGGUGCGGACUUUUCAGCCUUCUACAAUUGCAGCUUCGUUGCAUACCAAGACACUCUCUAUGUCCACUCUCUUCGUCAAUUCUACCGUGAAUGCGACAUUUAUGGCACUGUAGACUUCAUCUUUGGCAAUGCAGCAGUUGUCUUCCAAAACUGCAACUUAUAUGCACGCAAACCCGAUCCAAAUCAACAAAACUUGUUCACCGCACAAGGUAGACAAGAUCCUAACCAGAACACCGGCAUUUCGAUCAUAAACAGUAAAAUUGCGGCUGCUGCGGAUUUGAUUCCGGUAAAAUCAUCGUUCAAGAGUUACCUCGGUCGUCCUUGGAAACAAUAUUCAAGAACUGUUUAUCUUCAAUCUUUGAUUGAAGAUUUGAUUGAUCCAGCAGGAUGGUUGCCAUGGAAUGGAACAUUUGCAUUGGAUACAUUGUAUUAUGGUGAGUAUAAGAAUAGAGGUCCUGGUUCAAACACAAGUGCUAGAGUUACUUGGCCAGGUUAUAGAGUUAUCACUAACACCACUGAGGCAAGUCAAUUCACUGUUAGAAAUUUCAUUCAAGGCAAUGAUUGGUUGAACUCUACUGGAAUUCCAUUUUUCCCUGAUUUGAGUUGAAAGGACGUAUGGUUUCUCUCUUAUGGGAUGAAUUAUUUAAACAAUAAUGAUACAUGAAUCUCCCACUUUUUGUACAUCUGCAUGAUAUCUAAUUAAUCAUGUAUAAAAAUAUAGUUAAUUUAGUUAUAUAGAUAGUUAAUUUAAAUCAUUUUGAACUACAUGAUUAAUCACAAUUUUCAACAUGAUUUGAAUUAAUCAUCUACUCAAUUAAAUUAACCACCUUUUUAUACGCAUAAUUAAUCAAGUGUCGCAUGUAUACAAAAAGUGGAUGUUCAUGAAACAUUUUUGUUAUUUAAAUUUGUAUUGUUGUAAUUGUUCUUUGCUACUUCAACAGGCAAUAAAUGAUAACAAGUCUUUAGUA